AAAAAAUGACUUGUGCAACCGAAUUCUGAGAACAUGGGAGGAGCAAACUGUGGGUGCUGAGAGCCGUGUGUGUCUGUGUGUUGCAGACACAGAUCUGGGCUCACCAAACAGAACUUUAACCAACCUGAAGACAAGACCCCAGGUAGAGGAAUGGGCUCACUCAGUGCAGCAAACUCAAAGCUCUGCUUUGAUGUCUUUAAAGAGAUGAACUAUGAUCACAUGAUUGAGAAUCUCAUCUUUUCUCCCUUGAGUCUCCUGUCUGCCCUGGCUGUGGUGCUCUUUGGGGCCAGAGGAGACAGUGCAUCCCAGAUGGAGAAGGUGCUAUACUUGAAUGAAUUAAUGAGAACUGCAAAUUCUUCAAACUCAACGUGUGAACAAGAUACAGGGGUCCAUUCACACAUUCAAGCACUCCUCUCUGAAAUCAUCAAGUCCAGCCACAGUCAAGUCCUCAUGGCAAGUGGGAUGUUUGCAGAAGAAGCCUAUCCAUUCCUCCCUAAAUAUUUAGACUGUAUUGAACAAUUAUAUAAACUAAAACCUGAAAAUUUGGAUUUCAAAAAUAACAUAGAAGAAGCCAGAUUGCAGAUUAACUCAUGGAUUGAAAAUAAGACAAAAGGUGAAAUCAAGAACCUCUUGUUACCCAAUAGCCUCACAUCCUCUGAUGAGUUGGUGCUGGUUAAUGUCAUCUCCUUCAGAGGGACCUGGAAGUAUGCAUUUCAGAAAGACCAAACCACGGCAAUGGCUUUCAGGUUGGAUGAGUCUCAGAGCAAACCUGUUCAGAUGAUGCAGCUGCAAGGGCACUUUAAACUGGACUCCAUAACGGAGCCUCGGGUGCAAGUUCUUGAGAUGCCUGACGUGGAAGGUCACCUGAGUAUGGUCAUCGUCCUACCCAGAGAGGAAGUUGGCCUGGGACAGGUUACCAAUGAAAUCACUUAUGAGAAACUAAGCAACUGGAUAGGCUCAGCCAACAUGAAAGACACAGCUGUGGUCCUGUACCUGCCCCAGCUCAGACUUCAUGGGUACUAUGAAGACUUAACUUCCAUACUGGCAGCUUUGGGAAUGACGGAUGUCUUUAACCACUCAAGGACUAACUUGUCUGGCAUAACUGCAGGAGGAGACCUCAGGGUCUCCAAGAUAAUCCAUAAGGCCAUGCUAGAGGUUAUUGAGACUGGUUCAGAGUUCACACUUAACAACCAAACAAGCAAAUUUGAAAAUCCUGAACUCUUCAAGGUGGAUCAUCCUUUUCUCUUCUUUAUCUUACACAAGGAAACUAAGAUGAUUCUCUUCUAUGGUAGAGUCUGCAACCCUUAA